AUUGAGCAUCCAGGGCUCCCUCCUCCUCCUCCUCCUUUCUCGCCCUUCUUCUCUCCUGAAAGGACCGCAGCAGCCAAGAGCAGCCGGGCCUCUUCUGCCUCCUUCCUCCCAGCGACCUCCCUCCGUUUGGGGGCGCCUCUGAGCAAAUGGGGCCCAGAAGCAAAGGCAGCCCUUGUUGGCCCCAGCAGCCCCGGCCUGGGAGGGAGCCGGGAAGAAGAGCAGUCUUUUGGGGGGACCGGGCUCUGGACCAAGAGCCAUGGAAGGAAGGGCAUCCUCCAAGGAGACCCGGGUCUCCCAUGGAGCAGGCCAGCCUCUCUUUAAAAACCAUUGUUGUUAUUAUUAUUAAAUGUUAAUUAAUAUCAAUUAAUUAAAUGAUAAUAAGAACGCAGGAGGCGAGGUGGCUGUUAAUGCCUACAAUGAUCGUGAGGAAGAGGAGGAGGAGGAUGGGCUCUGGCUGCUGGAGCCCCUCGAGAGGGCAGGGCCUGGGCAUCCCCUUGGCCCCGCCCCCUCUCCCCGGCCGCCCAAUGGCCUCCCGGGCGAUGACGCCCCUCCCCUUCCUAUGCAAAUGCAGGGGCGUGGGCUAUAAAAGGCCUGGCGGGGCGCUCGCCGGAGCAGAGCGUCGGAAGCGGGCGGCGUGAGUCUGGGGCCGCGCUGGGGCCCCGGGGGCGGCGCGCCAUGAGCCAGACGGAGCUCUCGCCUUCCUCCUCGGGCUCCUCGCCGGCCGCUCCGGCUCCUGCAGCGGCGGCGGCUUCUUCCUCCUCGUCCUCGUUGUCGCGUCCUUCCGGGCCGCAGCGGCGUUUCCAGGAGGCGGUGCGCUCGGGGAACACGGCGGCGGUGCAGUCGGUGCUGCAGGGCCUGUCGAGCUGCGAGUUCAACGUGAACAGCUUCGGCCCCGAGGGCCAGACGGCGCUGCACCAGUCGGUCAUCGAGGGCAACCUGGAGCUGGUCAAGCUGCUGGUCAAGUUCGGCGCCGACGUCCGCCUGGCUAACCGCGACGGAUGGAGCGCCCUCCACAUCGCCGCCUUCGGGGGCCACCAGGACAUCGUCCUCUACCUGGUCACCAAGGCCAAGUACGCCCACGGCAGCCCCCCGGCCCUGGCGGGAGAAGGCGGCGGCGGCGGAGGGGGGGCGCCCCGGUGAGCCCUGUCCCUGGACCCCCCGACAGGAUCGGGCCCUUCUCGCCUCCAGGAUCGGGCCCCUCCCCCAAAGGCCCCCCCUCCAGGCCCCUUCUGGAGAGUUUGGGGGUCCCUCUGCGGACCCUGGAUUGAGGGCCUCGAAGGGAGGGGCAGGAGACCCAGAGACCCUCCCCCUUUUGGGGGUCCACCACCCAAGAAAAAGUGGAGCCAUCCAUUGGAAGAGGAAGAAGGAGAGGAGAUUUGUGGGGUCUCCAUCCUCCUGAAGGGAUCCCCGAGAGACUGACGCAUUUAUAACCCCCCCCCACAGGGGCAAACGCCGCCCCCCCCCUUUGGAUGCUGCCUGAAUUUGGGGGAAACUGCCAGGAAAAUGUCAAAGCUGCUGGGAAACUGUUGUUGUUGGGGGUCUCUCUUUGGGGUCCAGACUGCUUUUCUUUGGGGGGGUCGAGGUUUACUGUAAACAACAACAACCCCCCAAGUUUCCCUUCUCUUCCCUUGCCUUCCAUCUACCUCGGUUCGUCUUCCACAGUAUUCGCUGCUCCCCCUUUUCCAGUUUUAGGGGUCCCCCCACAAGAGGCAACAGCCCCCCAUUUUACUCCCCCCCAAAAAGACCCCCCACAAACACCUCUGUUUCCCUCUCCUUACUAAAAUGGGGCUAAAGUGCACAAAGUGGGGUUCAGAGCCAGAUCUGGGGGGCAGGAAAAGAGGUGACCCUUCCCUUCCUUGGGACAUAGAUCCCCCCUUUGCUUUUAAUUUGCAAACCCAGACUGUGCCCCCCAGAUUCCUAAUCCCCCAGACGGAGAAUUGGGGCGCUUCCCCCCCCCCCCAUUUGGAAGGGAUCUUGGCCUUCCCAGCAGAGGAAAGGGAGGAAGGAAGGGGGCUUGGCCCCUAUUUCUUGGGGGGGGGGCUGAGAAGGGACCCCCUUCCUAGAUCUGGUCUCUUUGCAAAGAAAGGAAAAGGGGGGGUGCAAAGAGGGUUUAAAGUCACUCCAGGCUGCAUUUCAAGAGACCCUCUAAGGACUAAGACCCCCCCCAUUAAAUUCAAGGGGUCCCCAAAAGCUGACAAGCAACUUGAGCCCCUUUUUUGCUGCUGCUGCUGCUGCUGCUUUGUGUCCCAAUGGCUUUGCCAGAAGCCCCCUCCCCACUUUGGAGGCGCCUUUCCAGGUCUGCACUACAGAGUCCUCCUUGCCCCCUCCCCACUUUUUGGAAGCAUUUCCCACCCUUUUGGGGGGCUCCCUGUCUUGUCUAUUUAUCCGUGUGUCUGUCUGUGUCUGUUGUUGUGGUUUCUCUCUCUGAUGUGUAAAUAUAGAGAUAUAUAUAUUGUGUGUGUGUGAGAGAGAGAGGCGGGCGUUGCGUUUUUAAGGGGGUUUCUCUUUUCUAGAGGUUUGGGAAUUAGAGGUUUUAUUUUGGGGGGGAUCAGGAGGAAUUCAAGGACCCCUCUUUCUGUUUCCUCGUUGCACUGACUUUAUUAUUCCUCUUUGGCUGCAUCCGCACUGCAGAACUAAUCCAGUUUGAGACCACUUUAACAGCCCUGGCUCAGUACUAUGGGAUUCUGGGAAGUGUACACUUCCCAGAAUCCCAUAGCAUUGAACCAAGGCUGUUAAAGUGGUCUCAGCCUGGAUUAAUUUUGGGGAUUCUCCGUGGAGCUGGGUUCGAAUCUCAUCUCCUUGCUCCCUUCCACCAGAAUCUUUUCUAUAUUGCACAUCAUUUCUUCUCCUCCUUUCCUUCCUUCCUUUCCUCCCCCUCCUUUUUUCUACUAAAUGGAUUUUCCGCGAUGAAAAUGUCAUAACAUUUAUGACAGGAUUUAUUUUUUAUUAAUUAUAAAUAAAUGCAUAAAUGCAAAGCCUUGGAAGUUAGUAGUUUUGUGCUGAGAAGGUUCCAAGAUCUUGGGGGGGGGGCAAAGGUUUAGGAAAAGGGGGGAAAGAGACGUCGAAAGAAAAGAUCUUGCUGUGAAACCCAGUUUCUCUAAAGGAAAGGAAAAAAGAAAAGUGUUUGCAAAGAUGUGAACAGAUAUUUAAAUGUAUAUUUUUAUAUAGAACGUAUAUUAUAUUAAGAGCCUGCCUCCAAAGACUGUGAAGCCCUUUUUCUUUGGGGGGUGAAAAGCCACGCGGAGGGGGCUCUUUGUCCGCCUUUCCCUUUCUUCCCCAGUUUUUGGGGGGUCUCUUUUUCCAGGCCUUUGGAAAUGGCCCCCAGCCCUGGAGGAAUUUUUGUGGGUCUGUUGCUCUGGGAAAGGGCCCAAGUCCUGGACUUUGGAGGAUGGAGGGGCUCCUUCCUUUGGAUGUGUUCUGCCUCCUCUUUGGAGGCGCUCCCUCACUCUGCAAUGGGACCCUGAACACCUUUACUCCGGAGUAAGCCCUGCUGAAUGGGAUGGGACUUCUCAGAUUUGUUAGUAAGACAGCUUUUGGAUUGCAAAGCAGAAUGCAUCUGGGGUUUGUGUCCUCGAAUCAUGGUUUGUGAACCAGAGUGAAUCUUGGUUUUGCGUCCUAGCAUUUUGGUCUCCAAACCUGAAUGCAUCUGGGGUCUGUGUCCUUGCAUCAGGGUUUGCAAACCAGAAUGCAUCUAAGGUUUGUGUCCUUACAUCCGGGGUUUGCAAAGUGGAAUGCAUCUGGGGCCCCUCUGCCCUCUCUCUCUCUCUCUCUCUCUCUAUGCCAACCCCAGAGCCUUGGCGUCAUGUGGGGCGAGAUGUUCUCCAUCCGUCGAUGCACCGGGUGCAUGGCUCCAUUUUGGGGACAUAAAUAGAAGGGGCUCUAGUCCCCAGUCUCCCUUCCAGUCCUCCCAGUUUGGCUUGUCCAGUGCUGCUGGGAGCUCCUUGUGCCAAAAGGGAGGUUCCCUCUUAAUUCUUUUUCAUCCCUCCUUCCUUGAAAAGAGAGAGAGAGAGAGGCCUCCUAUUCUCCUUCUUUGGGUCCCAAGGGCAGCCCCUUUUUCUGGAGGCAUUUUCUCCAAGGAGGAGGAAAAGGAAGGAGUGUAAUAAACCUUGGAUGCUGGAAACUGAGCAGAGAAUUUCCGCAGGCCUUUCCCUUCCCUUCCCUUCUAGAUGGCAAAUACCUUCCUUUUUUAAUUAUGUCAAUUACAGUAAUUCGUUAAGAAUUGUAGGCUUAUAUUGAAGCUGUUUGUGGGUCGCUCUAUGAUCACUUCGUAACUGGAGAGAGUGUGUGUGUAUAAUUAUCAUUAAAAGAGAGAGAGCUUCUGUGCA